UAGUAAUUUGGUAACGGAUCGUUCACGAUCGAUGGUAGUGGAGCAUUGUGUAACUUGUCUUCUGUUGUUCGUUUAUAAAUUCAUCAAAAAUGGUUUAUUUACACAUACCAGCAAAUUUUACUGAAGAAGAAAUGAUGCUUCAAGCAAAAUAUGAAAAGUUGAAAAGAAAGAAAAAAGCGCUUCAGAACUUGAAAGCUCCUCGUCAAGAACCAGAAAGGACUACUCCAAUUAAAAGGCCACAAAUGGAAGCUAGAGAUGCAAGAGAAAUAGCUAAAAAGUUAAUCAGAUCUGGAGCUAUUGCAGCAAUACAAAAAGCCCCAAAAAGAGAUGAGCAAGCUGGAUUUAAAAGACCUCGAGGCCUCGAAAGAAAACUUGAGAGAACUGUUUCAGGAUAUCAACCAUUUUCAGCAACCCUUCAGGAAGAGGAUGACAUGAUGAAGCAUAGAUGUAAACAAGAAGUUUAUGAGCCAAUUAUACCCAUAGCAAGGAGAGAUGACAGACCAGAAAAACCAAUACAUUCAACAUCUCAUACAGAAACCAGGACUGGAAACACUGUUUUUGUGCGUGGUUACAGCAUUACCAAAGAACUUUUAGAAAAAACUUUCUCUCAAUGUGGGGCAAUUAUAAAUAUAACAAUGGAGGUUGAAAAAGAUCGUGGGUUUGUCACGUUCGCAGAAGCAACUUCUGCUGAAAAAGCUAUUAAUGAUCUGCAUGGAUCUGUUGCCGGUCAAUCAAAGCUUAGUGUAACUUAUGCUCGACGUCAGCCGUAUGUUCCACCUAGUAAUGAUUCCAGUCCAGCAUCAAAAGUGGGAUCUACGUGGCAAGCUGCUGCUAAUAAUCAUGUCCAGAAGGGUAGCAAUAGUGAUAACAGAGUUCCUGUAUCUUAUGAAGAAUUAUGCCAUUAAAAGAGAAAUUGAAAUUAUUCGAUGUAUAUUGUUUUUAAAAUAUUGUUGUACCUGAUUUUAUUAAAAUUUGAUGUAUCACCAAUUAUAUAUUUAGAAAUUACAAGUUUUUAAUAAAAUAUAAAAUAUU